UUAGAGCAGGGUAGGAGGAAGCAUGCAAAACAAACAGCUUCAGUGUGUUUAAAAGCCCUGUACUAUUCGCACAGGUUCACUGCACCCCUAUAAGAGUGGUAGCUUCCAUCUCCGCUCUAAUACAGGAAGUACCCAUGUAGGUUCUUUUUUUCACACAGAUGGGUUUUCUCAGUUCCAGUUUAGUGGUUAUAUGUGUGUUACUGCCUUAACCUGUCCUGUUGUGUGCGUCCAUUAAAAUUUAGGGCUGAGGUUCACAGCAGAUUUACACCCGGAUUUGUUCAAAAUUUUGUAGAUUCAUUUGAAAACAUUAUAACCACAGAGUGGGUGGAUGAAAAGCAUGGAGCAGCUUUUUAUUCUUGUGCUAAUGGCAGCGGGAACUCAUGCUUUGGUUCCAGUUGAUGAGACCACAUGUGACCUCAGGAUGAACACAUGCCCAUGCUCUCCUCUUCUUGAAGGAACUGUGUAUAUCCAAGUGAUGACUGAUGCUAGUGGCCGUGAAAUGAAGUGUUUGAAGGUGCUUCCCAAGGUGAACAUAACUGUGUUCAAUAUAAAGAAAGAAAAAAUAACAAUAGACAAGGAAUUUAACAACAGACUAAUGUCCAAGAACGGGACACUCAAGAUCACAAACCUGAGGAGGAAUGAUUCAGGUCAAUACAGCAUUGAGGUCUUUAAUUCAAAUGGAGUCCAAGAGAAAAACAUUCAUUUCACCCUGGAUGUUAAAGACAAUGGAAAAGUUGAAGCUCUUGUUCCAGGCGAUGAGACCACAUGUGACCUCAGGACGAACACAUGCCCAUGCUCUCCUAUUCUUGAAGGAACUGUGUAUAUCCAAGUGAUGACUGAUGCUAGUGGUCGUGAAAUGAAGUGUUUGAAGGUGCUUCCCAAGGGGAACAUAACUGUGUUCAGUAUAAAGAAAGGAAAACCAACGACAGACAAGGAAUUUAACAACAGACUAACGUUUAUAAUCAAGAAUGGGACACUCAAGAUCACAAACCUGAGGAGGAAUGAUUCAGGUCAAUACAGCAUUGAGGUCUUUAAUUCAGAUGGAGUCCAACAGAAAAACAUUUAUUUCACCCUGGAUGUUAAAGACAAUGGUAAAGUUGAAGGCAAGGCAGUCUGGAACUUCAAAGCAGACAAGUCUCUUUACCUGGUCAUAGCCUGUCUGGCACUUCUCCUGAUAGCAGUAUCAUGCUGUUUUGCGUGGAGAGAAAUUAACCAUCGUAAGCAAGGUUCACGUGCUCCUGAGACCAUGUACUUUAAGCAACAAGAUGACUGAGCUGACCUCUCCAAUAAUCAACACUGGACACUGAACUAAAGAUUCCUGAAAAUGGAAAAAAAAUGAUCAAA